AUGGGCCAGGCCCAUUACUAUAAAUACGCAUGCACUUUGCUUCCAAAACCACACUUUGCAAUGGCAACUUCUAAGGUAAUUCUCAGUAACGUUCUUUUUGUGUUGCUUUGUUUGGGCAUUUGCUCAGCUGCUAGAACACUCCUCACUCUAGAGGAACAUGUGAACUUGCAUGGCGCUGUUGGUACUGUUGUUGUUGGUGGAUAUGGCGGUGGUGGAGGGAGCGGUGGCGGCGGAGGAGGUGGAGCCCCGGUUGAGCACGGUGGUGGUGGUUAUGGAGAAGGAGCUGGAGGAGGUGAAGGCGCCGGUGCUGGAUAUGGUGCGGCGGGUGGUGGACACGGUGGUGGUGGAGGAAACGGUGGUGGAGGUGGCGGUGGUGCUGAUGGUGGUGGAUAUGGCGGAGGGGCUGGUAAAGGGGGUGGGGAAGGAUAUGGCGGAGGUGGAGCAAAUGGGGGUGGUUAUGGUGGUGGAGGUGGAAGUGGAGGGGGAGGAGGCGGUGGUGCAGGGGGUCUGGUAGUGGUUAUGGAGGUGGGGAAGGGAGUGGAGCUGGUGGUGGAUACGGUGGAGCGAAUGGUGGAGGAGGAGGUGGAAGUGGAGGAGGUGGUGGAGGAGGUGCUGGCGGAGCACAUGGUGGGGGAUAUGGUGGUGGUGAGGGAGCUGGACAAGGAGCUGGUGGAGGAUAUGGUGGUGGAGCAGCUGGUGGGGGUGGCGGUGGCUCUGGUGGCGGUGGAGGCUAUGGUGGUGGAGGUGCACGUGGGGGUGGAUAUGGAGGUGGUGGUGGGAGUGGCGAAGGUGGUGGCCACGGUGGGGGUUACUACCCCUGAGAUGAAUAGAAUACAUUACCUAAGAAAUAUGGUAGCUACCUCCUUGUGGCUAUAG